AUGCGUUCGGGGGGAGAAUCACUAGACGAUGCAUUGCGAACGUUUAUGCAAGUCUAUCGUACAACUCCGAACAGCGACCUCGACGGAAAAUCACUAGCAGAAGUAAUGUUCGGAAGGCGUAUACGAACAGUUUCGUCACUCCUGCUCCCACAGUCUGGCUGCCGUAGUCCAUUGACAAGAAAAUCUAGAAGACAACAUGAAUCGUUUAAUGAGAAGCAUGGUGCCAUUGCGAAGAUAUUCCAACCCGGUGACUCUGUCUAUGCACAAGUACACCAAGCCAAUACCUGGCAAUGGGAAUCAGCCACCGUAAUCGAACGCAUCGGGAAGGUCAAUGUUUUCCUGGUGGACAGCCAACGGUUGAUCCGCUCACACGCGAACCAAUUGAAGAAACGCGCGGCUGAUUCAGUCCGAAAGGAUUCUACACCGCUUUCCAUCUUCGUGGACGAGUUCGGGUUACCCAGUCCUACUCCGGUUCACGAUCUAGUUCCUGCUCCAGAGAGUCCCGUGGUACCUACUGCAUCCGAAAAAGAUUCUGGUGAAUCGGAAUACUUCUCUGAGUCCGAUUUUGAAGAAGAGCCAAUACUAGAACCAACUGUCAACAACAAACCAAAACGAACAGUGCGGCUACUAGCAAGAUUCGAGCCGUACUAUUUGAACUAA